GGGUGGGUUAGCACCCUUCAUGCAGACAGACGCGGGAGGGGCGGAGGAAGCGGCGCCGCCGGGAGAGUUUUUAGGGACCAGGACAGGCUUGUAAAAUGUUGGUCCAGUGGUCCCUGUUUGGAGCAGAGAGGAGGAUUAUGGGAGUGCUGGACUCAGUUGGUUCAGAAGCAAGCAAAGGUCAUGAUGAUGCCUCUGAGGCUGGGAGCAGGAAUGAGCUGUGGGAAGGAAGAGUGCAGGAGAGCCCAGAAGACAACGAUGUCCUUCCUCCAGAUGUGCAGUGCCAGCAAUUCAGGCAGUUCUGUUAUCAGGAAGCUGAGGGCCCCCGAGAAGUUUGCAGCCGACUCCACCAUCUUUGCCACCAGUGGCUGAAGCCAGAAAGACACAGCAAGAGGGAGAUACUGGACCUGGUGAUUCUGGAGCAGUUCCUGGCUGUCCUGCCCCUGGAGAUGGGGAACUGGGUCAGGGAAUGCAGGCCAGAGUCCAGUUCCCAGGCGGUGGCCCUGGCAGAAGGCUUCCUCUUGAGCCGGACAGAGAACAAGAAUCAGGAUUGGCAGUUGCAGGAGUGGAUCACGCAGGAGCAUUACCAUGGAGCAGCUUUUUCAAGUGGUGCCCUACAUUCUUCGCCAUCUCUUUGGGGCAGAGAGAAAGCAGAUUCUGUGCCGCCUGAUCGGGGUCUGGUGACCUUUGAGGAGGUGUCUGUUCAUUUUACUGAGGAGGAGUGGGCUCUGCUGGAUCCGGACCAAAGAAGGCUUCACAAGGAAGUCAUGAAGGACAAUAGUCAGAAUGUGGCCUCUCUGGAACUUCUGGUUCCCAAACCUGAAUCCAUAAUCCCACUGGAAGAAGCAAGAGAUCCGCUUGACCAAGACGCAGAAGAAAGAAAAAGAUCAGCAGAGGAUAAUAGUCUACAGUACAAGUCUCAGAGAGAACCACAACAUCUCCUAUAUGAUGAAGAAGAGCAGAAAAGAAACACAGGAAUAAAACAGAAAAGGAGGGAUGAAUGUUGUGCUUCUCAAGGUGCUGAAUUCCAGAUAUUUGAUAUACAAGGAAAAGUGAACACAGUGGAGAAACCUGAUAAAUGUUUUGACUAUGGAAGGAUCUUUGGUUGGAACAGAGAUGUUCCUGGACAUCACCCCUACUCAGGGGAGACACAUAAACACCUGGUACGUGGAAAGAGUUUUACCAAGACUUGUACGCUUGCUGCUCAUCAACAUCUUGCUGUCCACCCACAAAUCUGCACUGCGGAGAAACCAUAUAAAUUCUUGGAGUGUGGAAACAGUUUUGUUCACAGUUCAGAUCUUACCAAACAUCAACAAAUUGAUACUGGGGAGAACCCAUUUAAAUGUCUAGAAUGUGGAAUGAGCUUUUCUCAGAAUGGCCACCUAGCUACUCAUCAUCGAAUACACAGUGGGGAGAAACAAUAUAAGUACUUGGAGUGUGGAAAAAGUUUUGCCCAGAGUUACAUCCUAGCUGCUCAUCACCAAAUUCACACUGGGGAGAAACCGUAUAAAUGCUUGGAGUGUGGAAAAAGCUUUGCUCAGAGUUCACCUCUUAUUAAACAUCAACAAAUCCACACUGGGGAGAAACCCUAUACAUGCUUGGAGUGUGGAAAAAGCUUUACACAGAAUUCACAUCUUACUAAGCAUCAACGAAUCCACACUGGGGAGAAACCAUAUACAUGCAUGGAAUGUGGAAAAAGCUUUGCUGGUGGUUCAGAUCUUACUAGACAUCAACGAAUCCAUACUGGGGAGAAACCAUAUAAAUGCUUGGAUUGUGGAAAGAGCUUUACCCGCAGUUCAGCGCUUACUAAACAUCAGCGAACCCACAGUGGGGAGAAGCCCUAUAAAUGCUUGGAAUGUGGGAAAAGAUUUGUCUGCAAUACAUACCUUACUGUCCAUCAGUUUAUUCACACAGGGAAUAAGCUAUAUUAUCUCACCCACCUGACCCAGUGGAGGCUCUUUAGAAACGGAAGGAGGAGGAUGGGAGAGCUGGACUUUACUGGCCCAGAAGCAUGGAAAGGCCCUGAUGCCACUGAUGCUGGGAGCAGAAAGGAACUGUGGGAAGGAAGACUGCAGAAUUGUCCAGGAGACAACCUCCCUCCAGAUGUGCAGUGCCAGCAAUUCAGGCAGUUCUGCUACGAAGAAGCUGAGGGCCCCCGAGAGGUUUGCAGCCGACUCCACCAUCUUUGUCAACAGUGGCUGAAGCUAGAAAGGCACAGCAAGAAGGAAAUGUUGGACCUGGUGAUCCUGGAGCAGUUCCUGGCCAUCCUGCCCCCAGAGAUGGGGAACUGGGUCAGGGAAUGCAGACCAAAGACCAGUUCCCAGGCAGUGGCCCUGGCAGAAGGCUUCCUCUUGAGCCAGGCAGAAGACAAGAAUUGGGACCAGCAGGUGCAAGAAAGGAUCAUACGGGAUUGUUCCCAUGGAGCAGCAUUACCAGGUGGUGCUGUACAUUCUUUGUCAUCUCUUUUAGGCAGAGAGAAAGCCAAUUCUGUGCAGCCUGAUCAGGGUCUGGUGACUUUUGAGGAGGUGUCUGUUCAUUUUACUGAGGAGGAGUGGGCUCUGCUGGAUCCGGACCAAAGAAGGCUUCACAGGGAAAUCAUGGAGGAUAUUUGUCAGAAUGUGGCCUUUCUGGCAACUGAUGGUCCCCAGAAUGAAUCCAAGGGAGAAACACAACACCUAUUAGAUGAAAAACAGCAGAAAGGAAGCACGGCUAUAAACCAGAAGAGGGUGGAUGAGCACUCCAGUUCUCAGCAUGCUGAAUCUCAGAAGCUUGAUAUACAUCAAAGAAUUAACACAGUAUGGAAAUCUGAUCACUCCUCACAGAGUAGAAUCGGCUUAGGUCAGAAGAGAGACUAUCCUGGCCAUCAACAACUCCCCGGCGAGGAGACUAAUAAAUGCCUGGAGUAUGGAAAGAGCUUUGCUGAGAAUUCCCUUCUUUCUGCUCAUCAACAGAGUCACACUGGGGAGAAACCAUAUAAAUGCUUGGAGUGUGGAAAGAGCUUUGCUCGGAGGGGCAGUCUAGUUGUUCAUCAAAGAAUGCAUACUGGGGAAAAACCAUAUAAAUGCUUGGAUUGUGGGAAGGGCUUUGCUCAUAGUUGCAGCCUGGCUGAUCAUCGACGAAUCCACACUGGGGAGAAACCAUAUAAAUGCCUAGAAUGCGGAAAGAGCUUUGCUCGGAAUGACAAAUUGGCUGCUCAUCGGCGAAUCCACACUGGGGAGAAACCAUAUAAAUGCUUGGAGUGCGGAAAGGGCUUUGCUCAUAGAUGCAGCCUGGCUGAUCAUCAAAGAAUCCACACUGGGGAGAAACCAUAUAAAUGCUUGGAGUGUGGAAAGAGCUUUUCUCGGGGAGACAGCCUGGCGACUCAUAAAUGGAUCCACGCUGGGGAGAAACCAUAUAAAUGCUUGCAAUGCGGAAAGAGUUUUGCUGAGAAUAAGAAGCUUACUAUCCAUCAAAGUGUUCAUACUGGGGAAAAACCACAUAAAUGCUUGGUGUGUGGAAAGAGUUUUGCUCAGAGUGGCAGACUAGUUGCUCAUCAGCGGAUCCACACUGGGGAGAAACCAUAUAAAUGCUUGGAUUGUGGAAGGAGCUUUGCUCACAGUGGCAGCCUGGCUGCUCAUCGAUGGAUCCACACUGGGGAAAAACCAUACAAAUGCUUGCAGUGUGGAAAGAGUUUUGUUGAGAAUAAGUGGCUUACUAUUCAUCAACAUGUCCACAAUGGGGAGAAACCAUAUAAAUGCUUGGAGUGUGGAAGGAGCUUUGCUCAGAGGGCACACCUUGCUGCCCAUCAACGUAGCCACCCUGGGGAAAAACAAUAUAAAUGCCUGUAGUAUGGAAAGAGCUUUGCUUAGAGUGCACACCUGACUGCCCAUCAAUGUGGCCACACUGGGGAGAAACCAUAUAAAUGCUUGGAGUUUGGAAAGCGAUUUGCUGAAAAGCAGAAGCUUAAGGCACACCAAAGAAUUCAUACCGGGGAGAAACCACAAAAAUGCCAAGCCAUGAUUUGUGUCAGAGAAUUCACACAAGGGAGAAACCAUGCAAACCUCUUCACUGUUGCAAGAUCUUCAGCCUCAAGCCCAAUCUUUGUAAGCAUUAUCAUCUAGAGGUGGCUGUUGUUAAAUCUGGCUCAUAUUAGAUUUUUAAUUUAUUUUUAUUUUAUUGUAUUCAUACUCCACCCAAUUCCUGACCAAGGUCAGCCCCAGGGCGGCUUACAAAAUACAACAAUAAAAUCACAAAUAAAAUGCUACAAUAAAUAGAAA